UUUAAUAUAGAUAUAUAAAACCAUAUCUAGAGGAUGCUAUAUAGAAUAAAAAUUUAAUUAGUAUAUACAAAUCAUUCAUCAAAAGAUCUUCUAUAUAUACAAUGUACUCACAAACCUCACAGCAUCUUCUUCAAUAUACGAAUUAUAUCCCCAUCUUCUCUAUAUAUUACUAUUUACUCUUUAAUCAAGUUAACUUUAAACCCCUAAAAUCAAUAAAGGAGAAAGACAAGAAGAGAGACCUAAAAAACAGAAACAAUGUCUUAUUCUUACCUCAAACUGUCAAUCUUUCUCAUUCUCUCAUCUCUUCUUCAUGCCGCUUUAGGGGAGGGAAUCAUUUGCGAGAACCUGCCCACGAAUAUAUGCGCGUUCUCGAUAUCGGCUUCCGGGAAUAGAUGUUUGUUGGAGACAGCUAACGUUGCAGGAGAAUACACUUGCCGGACUUCCGCGGUGGAGGUUGAAGGGAUUGUAAACCACGUGGAGAGCGAUGAGUGUGUAGCUGCUUGUGGGGUUGAUCGGAAAACAGUGGGGAUCUCGUCGGACGCAAUGAUGGAGGCAGGUUUCGCCGCUAAGCUUUGCUCUCCGGCUUGUUUGGAUUAUUGUCCUAACAUUCUCGAUCUUUAUUUCAAUCUCGCAGCCGGUGAAGGUGCAUUUUUACCUGAUCUAUGUGAUGCUCAGCGGAUAAAUCCUCACCGUUCAAUGUUGGAAAUGCUCAGUUCCGGUGCCGCUCCUGGGCCUUCCGAGCCUAAUUCAGGUCCUGUCUCCGACACCUCAGCCCCUGCUCUAGCUCCGGCCGCUAUGUAAAAGUAAUGUUAUUAAUUUCACGUGUGUCAUGAUUUAUGUUUAAUAUUGAUUCAUUUGAGAAAGAAGACGAAACGGAGUGAGUUUGAUUUUUGGUUCUUUUCCUUAACAUUUUCCCAUAUAGUAAAAACUUUUGUCAUAUCUUUACUCUGUUUUCGUGUUAUAUGCCAUGUGCAGUUGCAACUUUUUUUUUUUUCCAUCUAAAUUUUAUUUAAAGGCAAUAGCUCAAAAACAAAACCAUACAACAAGGCUCAUCUUCUCAAAACCUAAACCAAAUGACCAAAUAAAACCCAAACACAAAACAGGGUCUUCGGCCCAAACUACCUAAUCGGCCUAACCGACGAAAACACACCAACAAAACGCGUGUUAAGAUUAACGAAAAAGAAGGACACGUGUCAACCUUUAACAUCAAGGGAAGACACACGUCACCCAACCAAACACCGUCACCGAACGUGACCGAAUCACUAAGUUAGCGUCGGCGAAGACGAGAAAGAACCGCAAGAUUCGCCGGACCACGCCGGAAUCAUACCCACAACACCGAAAUCAACCGGGACCUUAACCAGAGCCACCGAAUCUACCUCCAACGACUGUAUUGGAAGAUUGUUGGAAUCAGCUUCUUCAAUCGAACGUGAUGGAGAGCUCAAUCGAAAAACGAAAUCGAGAGCUCAUCCAAGCUCAGGCCCUCACACACCAAGAACACGUCACACAUCUCGGUCGCACCAACCCAAACAUUUGAUACUAUAACCAGCGAUCACCACCGCAGACGACCGAACUGGCUCAAGAUAGAGCACAUAAACGCCGUCAGAGCUUCAUCGCCGUGAAACGGAAGCCAGAUAGUUCCGCUAGAGGGAGCGCGAACCACUAGAAACAAGAGCCGGCUACACGCCGUCGAGAGGACCACCGUGUACCAGAAUCGAAAUUUUUCACCGUCGAAGGGACCACCGCGACUCUUAAUCUCUCGGAAUCUCAGAGAGAGAAGAGAGAGAAAAAGUCUACCAUCCCUGAUUAGUUUAUAACAAUGGAGAAAUCUAUAGUAUUGUGCAGUUGCAACUUAAUACCUCGAUGCUUAAUACCUCGAUUAUAACAUCUAUUUAAUAAAUACGAACAAAUGUCUUUCAGUUUAUGGUUCAAUUUCUCUUGAAGCUUAUCCUGGUGCUUUUUAUAUAAAAUGGUAAAACGUAAAGUUGAAUUGUAUAUAAAAUGAAAAAACCUAAAGUUGAGCUGUAUUAUAAAAGUGAGUUUGCUCCAAUGUAUACUUAUGAUAGAGUUCAUCUAUUUAUAGACAAAAAUAUAGAAAACUGAUAUCUUCAUUUUUAAAUAUAAAGGCAAAAAAUAGGAUUCAUUUAUAUUUUUGUAUAUAAUUAAAAAUCUUAUUAUAUAUGCAUACAUUAGAAAAAAAAUCAAACUUUGCAACAAAAAUCUCUAUUUCAGAAAAAAAAUAUAGAAAUGUACACCGGAAAUGCUUUAAGAGAACGAACUUACAUUGCACGUACUCAUGAGCUUAACUUGUAGCUCAUGUAAUAUGGAACGGGUUUGUAUUUUCUUUUGCUUUAUUUUUGCAAAUGGUUAAAACAUUUAUGGGAAACCAAAACAAAAUCAGCUGCACCUAUACUAUGCCACUAAGACCAUUUCCAUUUCACCUCUAUUUUAAAAUUUUUUAUUAUAAAAGUAAAAUAGAAAUGAAUUUUUUGCUCUGUUGUAUUUCUCUAUUAUAGAGAAAUGGUAAAUUUGCCUCUGUUAUGAAGGAACACAUUAGGACAAAAUUUCAAUUCUCUAUAAUAAAAAUCUCUAAAAUAAAAAUGGUUAGAGAUAUCCUAAGUUACAGGAGAGAUUAUGAGCCGCAGUCUUUUUUUUUUUUUGUAAAAAAGGCUUUCAUUAAAAUUUAAAACAAAGUACAGAUGUGAUUUGUUAAAUCACAUAAUUUGAGAAAGUGUGAUACAUGAAGUAGACAUAAAAAAGAGCUAUAAAAGUUUGAAAACUUAGUACAACUCUUAGCUUAACUAAACUAAAAAGGAUAUUAAUGCGCUUGAUAGGAACCUCGACCUCUACGGCCUCGUUUUCCUUUUCCACGAACUGUCAUCCAUCCCAUAUCUUGGUACUUUUGUGUCGGUUUGAUCAACCGACCCCCUCUUGUCAUGCUUCCAACU